AUGUCCAUGUCGGACUAUGGAGAACAUGGCCACCCGCCGUCGGCCGACAAGCUGCGCAUCUUCGCGAGCCCCGUCAUGAGCCACACCGGCAGCAGUCUCGGCGACAAGUCCCCAAGCUCGGUUCAUUCUGCCGACAACCACCAAGGCGAAACCAGGAUUGACCAUCGUCGCGUCGACGACGACCUCCCCAAGUUCAAGAGAUACCUCGAGCCUACUCUGCUCGAAAUAUUCUACGAUCUCUUCUUCGCUGCCAACUACAACGUCUUUUCCGACACCCAGCACGUCACGAGCCAUGGCAAGUUCAAGGCCUACGUCGGCUACUUCUGCCUCCUCUGGCUGACCUGGUUCCUCGUCACCAUGUUCGACGUUCGCUACGUCACCGACAGCAUCUUCUCCCGCGUAACGAGGGCCAUCCAGCUUGGCGUCUUGGUCGGCUUCACCGUCGUCGUGCCGAAUUUUAAUCCGUCGGAGGAGCAGCAUCAGGAAACGAUGCAGGCCAUGUCCCUCAUCCUCUGCUUCUCGCGCCUCUGUCUUGCCUUUGAGUAUGGCACCACCUUGUGGCAUGUCAGAAAGUACAAGAAAGCUCGCCUGCCGCUGUACCUGCAGAUUGCCCUCCACGCCAUCGCGUCCGCCAUCUAUCUCGGCGUUACCUUUGCCUUCACGUCGAACUCGAGGAGCCGAGUGUACAUGACCUGGUACAUCGUCUCGGGAAUCGAGUCCUUGGCUACCCUCCUUCUGACCAAUUUUUCUCCCGUCCUGAGCAUCACCAAAACACACAUCAUGAAGCGGAUGACCCUCAUGACCAUUAUGAUCAUGGGUGAUGGCAUCGUCCAGGUGGCCAAGGAAGUCGUCAUCAUCGUCAAGAACCCAAAUGCGUGGGACUCCACCACAAUCGGGCUCGUGACUGCGGCGGCGGCGACAAUCUAUUUCGUCUUUCUGAUCUAUUUCGACUGGUUGAGGAACUCCUUCUACCUGCCCGCGCUGCGGCAGCAACUCUGGACCUUCCUGCACUUGCCCUUCCACCUCUCCCUCGUCUUGUUCAUGCAGGGCUUUACCCAAUACCUGCUUUGGUCCAAGAUCAUGGUUCAGUUCAGCCGGUUGAACGCGUUGGGAGAUCCUAGAGAUGCCGCCGGCAACAUCGUCGACCCUUCCUCGAGCAUAGCCGUCCGAGACUUUCUGAACCAGUCGGUCCUGUCGUUCUUCGCCGACUACCCCCCCAAGAUUGCGAAUACCAUGGAUACGGUGAACGAGGCGCUUCAAAACGUAACCAAAAUACCCGACGCCUUUUGGCCCAAGCUCAACGGUGUUGACCAGUUGGAUUUGACCAACCUGCCCGUGGGCUUCGAGAGCGCCUUCAACGACUUUGUCGCCAUCGUUUCCGUCCUCGUCUCAGCCAUGGCCAACGCGCUCUUUGGAGCUUUUGGAAUCGAAGUCCAUGGCGAAAUCGCCAACAAGAACACUGACCCCGCGAAGGACCUCAAGGGAAGUGGCCUGCAGUUUGAAGUCACGGAUAAGACGCAGAGCCGCUACAGGCUGGUGUUUGUCACUGGCUACGUUUCGACCGGCUGCACCAUAAUCUUCAUGCUACUACUUGCCAUCGUUUCCCGUACCACGCCCCUGAAGGCUUGGCCCAUUAUUAGGCUCGUCAUCAUCUUCCUCCUCGCCCUCGGAACAGCUCUGGUCUCCCUGCUCUGGUAUAGUCCAGACAAGCUCGAUCAGUUCCUCACCAGCCCCUGGGUAAUGCCCACCAUCACUUUUGUCUGGACCAUAGUGCUCAUCAUCACCCACAUCAACGGCGAGGGCGUCAAGCGCAACGCGUACCGCUUCAAGCGCCGCCGGCAAGGUGACCGGUCAAACGAAAGUGGUUCGCUCCCUCGGACAUCGACGUCCAAGUGGGCCCCCGGCGAGGGAGAGCAAGACAGCUUGGACCGCGAGUCGCAGCGGCAUGUCGCGUCCGCACACGAUGUUGAAGUCGCCGGAGCAGAGCAAUCCGCGGCUCUACGCGCGCGCCCCGCCAUUGGUGAUGACACCAUCGGCGGCGUAUCUGAACUGCCUCCGACUAGCUACAAUACGAUCAAUCCGUCGACGGAGAAAAAUGGAGAAUCCCCUGUAUAA